CUACCCUUUUAAAUAUUAUAUACUUCCACCCAAAACUCCCUCAAAACAUAAUUCAUUUCCCUCCCUCACCUCUCUUUUUUUUCCUCUCCAAUCUUUCACCAAUGUCUUCUCGAUACUGCAGAUCAAGAACAUAUCAUCAACUCAGAAGAACAAUCCCUAUUCUUGUUCUUCUUCUUGUCCUUUUGAGUUGCUGCAAUGGAGCAAGAACCACGAACGUGUUCAACACGAGCUCGCCACCCAAACAAAAGGAUGACGUCGUUUCGCCACCUCAUCAAGCUCAUCGUCAAGUACAAGAUCACAAAAGUAUGCAGUUCUUGGGGUCCUUGCCACGUCAGUUUCCGGUUCCAGCUUCUGGUCCUUCCAGAAAACAUAACGAGAUCGGUUUGAGUAGUACUACGACGACUCGGUCCUCUCCUUGAAGUUCAAAGGUUUGGUUCAUGAAUCAUGAUUCUUUUUUACUUUUGUAAGUUUUUGUGGUUUAAAUAUUUGCCCUUUAUGAUUUUGGUUUAGACUGAUGUAAAUAGAUUUCAGUUUCAUUUAUUUAUGGGCAAUGCUGUGGAUAGAUCAGCUUUUUUUUUUAAUAUCGGAACUUGUUAGAUCCAUUGAAAUGUAUUGCACGUACGUAUAAGUGUAAAAAGCGAGGAGAGAAAGCUCCUUUUAUAAUCAAACAAUUAUUAUUAAUUCC